AUUUAUUUAUUCGUGUAGAUGUUCAUUCGUGAACUCUUUGAAAAUGACAGUUGAUCGAUGUAAUCCUAAGCUGCAAAUUGCAACCAUUUUACUGGCUUUCAACUAAUAGCAGAAAAUUUCGGAAGGAGCUAAAAAUGGCGGAAGUGCCAUACCAAAACAUGGGGAAUUCCAGCGAAGCGGAUAAAAAAUUCACCGCCCAACUCGAUCCAGAGAGCCAGGUUGAAAUUCGUGGAAUGGCUUUCUCCGAGGAAUCUAUCAGAAAAGCUUUCAUAAGAAAGGUGUACCUAAUUCUGACUGUACAACUAGCAAUCACGAUGGCCUUCAUAUCGUUGUUCGUGUACAGCGAACCGACCAAGCUGUGGACCAUCAAUAAUCCGUGGAUUGCUGUAACUUCUUUCAUCACUAUGUUCGCGGUGCUCAUUGUUAUGGCAUGUUGUGGCGAAAUGCGACGUAAAACCCCCCAUAAUUUCAUCUUUUUGGGAUUAUUUACUAUUGCUCAGGGGCUUAUGCUCGGUAUAUUCACCAUUAGAUACGAUGCUCAGGAGGUUCUCACAGCGGUCGGCAUUACUUGUGCCAUCUGUUUCGGACUGACUCUAUUUUCGCUGCAAACUAAAUGGGAUUUUACAAUGAUGGGAGGAUUUUUGUUUGUCGGAUUACUAGUUGUGUUUAUGUUUGGAAUCAUAGUUGCAUUUUUCCCGGGAAGUGUUGCUAGUUCUGUUUAUUCGGCUUGCGGUGCAUUGCUGUUUUCGUUGUAUCUAAUCUACGAUACACAGAUUAUGAUGGGUGGCAAUCACAAAUAUUCAAUCAGCCCAGAGGAAUACAUUUUUGCUGCAUUGAAUCUGUACUUGGAUAUUAUCAACAUAUUCAUGUUUAUAUUAAGAAGAUAAAUAUACCUAAGGUACUUUUUUAAUUUCGUUUAGUUCUUGAUCGUGUUGACUGGAAGCAAUCACAGUCACGUUUGAGUUUCUUUCCACAGUGUAGUGCUACCAUUUGUAAAAGGUAUUAAAUGAAAUUGGUCAGCCAACUCAUUUUUGUUAAACGGUGAUAAUUGUCUUAAUUCUUAACAGAAAAUAAAAUAAUAGAUAUAUGAGUCCGAUUAUAUGUUAUUUUCUAGGGAACUCUAAGAGAAGCUUCCGUUCCUGAAUAAAUGGGACGAAUGAAACUAAUUUAAAGUCACAUAAAUAAAAAUAAGUGAGACAUACCUUAA